AUGAGCUGGAUGGAGAACAGGACAGAAGUGUCAUACUUCUUCCUGUUAGGACUCACUAAUGCCCCAGAUCUGCAGCUUCCCCUUUUCAUCACCUUCCUGCUCAUCUACACCAUCACCGUGGUGGGCAACCUGGGGAUGAUUCUGCUGAUUGUCCUGGACUCUCAGCUUCACACUCCCAUGUACUUUUUUCUAGGUAACCUGUCUCUGGUGGAUUUUUGUUAUUCUUCAGCUGUUACUCCAACAGUGAUGACUGGACUUCUUAGAGGGAGGAAGGUCAUGUCCUACAAUGACUGUGCUACACAGAUGUUCUGUUUCACUGCCUUUGCCAGCGUGGAAAACUACUUGCUAGCCUCAAUGGCAUAUGAUCGUUAUGCAGCAGUGUCUAAGCCUCUACACUAUUCCACCACCAUGACUCCAAGUGUUUGCGCAUGGCUGGUCAUAGGCUGCUUUAUCCUAGGCUUCCUAAAUGCUUCCAUCUACACUGGAGACGCAUUCAGUCUCUCUUUCUGUGAAUCCAAUGUGGUCCAUCAUUUUUUUUUUUGUGAUAUUCCUGCAGUUAUGGUUCUUUCUUGCUCAGAUAGACAUAUUAACGAGCUGCUUCUUGUUUAUGUAGUGAGCUUCAAUAUCUUUUUUGCUAUCAUAGUCAUCUGGAUAUGUUACAUAUUCAUUUUUAUCACCAUCCUACGAAUGCGCACAGCUGCAGGACAUCGCAAGGCUGUAUCUACCUGUGCCUCCCAUUUUACUGCAGUCUCUAUCUUCUAUGGGACAGUCAUCUUCAUGUAUUUACAGCCCAGCUCCAGUCAUUCCAUGGACACAGACAAAAUUGCAUCUGUGUUCUACACCAUGGUUAUCCCAAUGCUAAACCCUGUGGUCUACAGUCUAAGAAACAAAGAGGUCAAGAAUGCAUUAUUAAAGCUAAAGAACACAUUCAUAUUUUGGAAAGAAACUAAUCUUUAG